AUGGACAGUAUGUGGAUAAUAUCAAUGAUUGGAGCACUGUGUUAUGCUGAAUUGGGAACUACUUUUCCAUCAUCUGGUGGGGAAUAUUAUUAUAUUAAAAGAGCUCUGGGCUCCAUCCCUGCAUACAUUUUCUUAUGGUGCUCUGUUAUUUUUCUCAGGCCAGCAGUCAUAACCGUUCAAGCAUUGAUGUUUGCGGAAUACACUACGCAGCCAUUUUUCCCAGCAUGCUCUUCACCAGAAGCCAUAAAAAAAACUCAUAGCUAUCUCAGUGAUUUUAAUUGUAGGGAUCAUUAA